AAAAGAAUCCAACAUUCCUCCCCGACAGACAGAGGCUGCUCUCCCACACCCCUAAAACAGAACUAUAAACAGAGGCUUCUUCAGCUCCAGAUGGGAGACUGACAGCACACAAAGCGGCCGAUUCAGAAGAGCUGGUGGGUGGGGAGCUGUAUAUACCUGGCGAGGAGUAAUUUGAAAAAUGGCGUCAUAGUUGGACUUUACAGUGCUUUUGUCGACAUAUAUUCACAGUAUGAGCCAGCCGCCGCGCUCGAACCGGGGACACCGGGAGAGAAACGGAGAGCACCGGGAGAGAAACGGAGAGCACCGAAACUACCGGGACUCCAACGAUGACGGGUCUUCCUCCAGACCCCCAUACUACCCCAGAGAGACCGACCCCCCUCCCAAACAUGUGCGGGAACGGGAAGCCCCUCGAGAGGAGCACCACGAGUCCAAAUGCUCACACAUUUGCUCCAGGAGAGGCAUCAUGCUGAUCUGUGCCGUCCUCACCAACAGCCUGGUUCUGAUCUGCCUGAUUGCAGCCCACAUGGUGUCCUCGGGCAUGUCCUCGGGGGGCGGGCUGGGGGGCUUCGACAUGAACUCCAACUUCAACCUGCAGGGCACGGAGCUGCAGAAGGCGCGGGAGCUGGACAUGCAGUACAGCCAGAUGAGGGCGCCGGGCCUCUACGGGGGGAUCCCCUUCUGCCUCACCCUCGGGGUCCUCUCGCUGCUGUUCGUGGUGGCCGGGAACAAACCCCCCCACCACAUGUCCCGGAAGCUUCUGUACGGAGCACUGGUGUUCCAGGCGGUGGGAGCGGUGGUCUACGUGGUGGCCGUGGGGCUCUACCUGCACUUCAUCAUCAGGGUGAACGCCACUGAUGUGUGUCAGCAGCGCGCCAGGAUUUACGGAGGGAGGGGCUACACCUGGAUGAACUGCGAUGUGGGCGGGGCCGACGCAGCCGUGGCUCUGUUCGGGCUCAUCACGUCCAUUCUGUACGGCGUCGGCACCGUGCUCACCUUCCAGACCAUCCGGGGGGUGAGGCGCUACCUGGAGGAGAGGAAGUGCAGAGAGGCGGAGAAGCAGCAGGCCAGAGCCAACGCACAGAGAGCGCCGCUGAGGGCCGACACCACCUCUGUGUGAGGGGCAGAGAAGGAUCACAGAUAGUUCUGGUAUCAUGAAGCUGGCUCACUUGACUGGGGUAUAUCACCAUGGAAACCUACUCUGCUCUGUAUCAGGUUAUGUUCAGAGCAUCAGAACCUGGAAGAAAUUGAGUAAUCAUUCCUAAAGGAUCGUCACUUGGAUAAAAGGAAUGAGUUUACAAUAAUGGGACGGAGCAUUAGAGACAUUUUUAUAGAUGGUGCAUACUACGGAGGCCCUGGGAGGCCAUGAAGGGAUUAUUUUUCAGAACAACUUUUGUGUUCCCCUUUUUCUUUGUUUUGAAACAUCUUGCAAAUGGUAAAUACACUGCAUUAAUCGAACCCUUUACAACCCCUCAAAGGGCUUUUACAUAUACAAGUCAGCAUUCACACACACACAUUUUCUUACUGGGUUCAAACUAAUUCCCCUAGUGACCUUUCUAAGCGCUGUAUAAUACCAUGGUGAUUUUGUUGUAGAUAGAUGAAUAGGGGACUUACAAAACUCAAAUGAAUGAUGCUAAUAGCUGCCUAUUAAGUGCCUUUUAAUGCUGGUAUCCUUCCCUACAGCUCAGGAUAACGGGUGUUGAGAAUGUUAAGACUCAAUACCCUCGGUCAAUGUUAGAGGACAACAAACAUGCACUCCAAAUAUUAAAUGCAAUAUGUUUGUAAUUGAUUUGGGACCAGUGUUGGGUUUAGUUAUGUGCUUUUUGAAUUCCAUGUCACAUUAAAUUCUUCUUCUGCUGUCCUUGGCUCUUUAGCUUUAGUCCUUUGUGACAGUAUGGGCACAUGUAGAAGUACAUUUUUCAUGUGAACGGUUUGUUUGUUGGAUUGUUUUAACUCAGGCCUGGAUUUUCUAAAUGUUUAAAUUAAUGUUUUUGUAUCAAUGUUUGUUUGAUAAUGCCACCUUUUUGAUAUUGAUAAUGUACAUGAAUGUAUCUACUCAAAUUAAACCUAUCAAACAUU